AUGGGGACCUUCAAUCUAUGGACAGAUUACCUGGGUUUGGCACGCCUGGUGGGGGCUCUGCGUGGGGAAGAGGAGCCUGACGCCAGGCUGGACCCCCAGGCAGAACCAGUGCCAGGACCGGAGGGUCAGACACCCAGCCCGGAAUCCUCACCAGCUCCUGAACGCCUGUGCUCUUUCUGCAAGCACAACGGCGAGUCCCGGGCCAUCUACCAAUCCCACGUGCUCAAGGACGAAGCGGGCCGGGUGCUGUGCCCCAUCCUUCGAGACUACGUGUGCCCCCAGUGUGGUGCCACUCGCGAGCAUGCCCACACCCGCCGCUUCUGCCCGCUCACCGGCCAGGGCUACACCUCCGUCUAUAGCUACACCACCCGCAACUCGGCCGGCAGGAAGCUGGCCCGCUCGGACAAGGCGAAGACGCCGGACUCCGGACACCGCCGAGGAGGAGGAGGAGGAGGAGGAGGAGGAGGAGCCUGUGCAGGUGGCUGGGGGGACUCGAGGAGGGGGGGGUCUGCCCUGGGCUGA